UUAAUUAAUUUACUAAUUCAAAUUUCCCAAAUCAAAUCAUUUAAUUAAUGAUGCUUAAGAUUCAAAUUUUUAACUAACGAACCAUCCUUCCUUCUUCUAAUCACUUCUACUGAUACUCACUCACUCUCACACUUACUUGGCUUUUGAUUCGAUUUCUACAAAAUAUUCACUUAAUUUUUCCAGUUAAUUUUAGCUAGCCUUUCUUGAGAUCUUCAUUUCCUACCUCCUCGAAUCUUCCUUUUUUUUUUCCAAUUUCUCUCUCCUCUCCUUCCUUUACUUAACCUCUACAAUCAACUUCACUUAUCAAGUCCACUCUCAUCCUCUAUUUAGGUUCGUGUUCUCUCAAGACUGUAACCUAACUUAUCCAUCACAAUGGCGCUCGUGGUAUCGUUCUGCGGUGAAAGCCAAGCGAGAAAAUCGUCCUCAUUUAGGAAGCCAUGGAUGCUGAAGGAUUACCUUGGGGACGACUUAAGCUCGUGCUCCUCCAAUGGGUUCCGAUCGUUUCCUCGCCGACAAUGCUGCGUUGCGGUACGCAGCAUUAUCGAGAACGAAAUGAUUCGAAACCACCGUAUUACUAAUAGUAAUAAUAAUACGAAACCUCCGAAACGUAUCCUGGUGAGAAACCGGAGCGUUUCGGGGACGCUUCAUAGAGCAUCAAUGGCGGUGAUCAACGCCGUGAAGAUGCUUCCGUUUAACUCUCCGGCGAAAAGUAAUGCGAAAUCCGGUGACGGAAAACGGUUUCUUCCUCGAAGCUUCUCGAAGAAGUUGUUUCGGAGAAGCUUCUGGAAGAAAGAGAAAAGUAGUAACGUAGUGGUUGUUUCGAAGAAGAAGGAAGGUGAUCAUGAUGAUGAGAUCGAACGGUGGAUAUCGUCGGGUGUUGCUGGAACGGAGAAGUAUAAGCCGUCGGAUUUGUCGAAUGAUACGACGGUUACUACGACGAGUGGUAGUACUAGCGACGGUAAAAGUGAGAGUAGUUGGUCGGAUCUUACUUUUAAUUCGGAUAGUUUGACUUGCUCAAGUGAAAACGACGCCGUUGAGAGGAGUGAGAAAAUGGAGGAAGAGGUGGUCAGCCGAAUAGUUGGCGUAAUAGCUGGUGAUGAUUCCGUUAAGCCAGCGGUUGCUAAGGAGAAAAUGUGGUUUAAUGAAGAAAGUGAGAAGGAACAGUCAAGCCCAAUAUCUGUCUUGGAUUUUCCUUACAACGAUGAAGGAGGUUCCUCACCCUUCACUCUUAGAGUCUUAAGGCUAAAAGGGACACAAGAAAGGCUUAUGCAAAAACUUGGAAGAUUUGAAUGUCUAGCAGGACUAGAACCCAUUAAUCUUGAAAGCCUAAUCUCAUCCUCUGAGAUUGUAGAUCGAGUACCUAAGCAUUCGAUCAUACCUUGCUCAACACCUAGCUAUAUUCUAUCUAGUGAAAGUGAAGAAGAAGAAGAAGAAGAAGAAGAAGAAGAAGAAGAAGAAGAAGAAGAAGAAGAAGAAGAAGAAGAAGAAGAAGAAGAAGAAGAAGAAGAAGAAGAAGAAGAAGAAGAAAGCCAUGUAAGCAAAGUUGAAAAACAAGCACAACACUUACUUAGCAUUAUGAAUGCUAGGAUACAAUCAAAAAACAUGCACAAGUGUGAUCUUGAAGAUGUGUUACUUGACUUCUUUCGUGAAAAUGUUGCACAAAAGGCGAAAGAUACCUUGUUGCAAGCAGCUGAGGGUUGGAUAGACGGACAAUAUGAAAAGUUAAUAUUAGGGUGGGAGGUGAAGGACAAGAGGCAAGUUUACAUUAGGGACAUGGAAGAGGGAGGAUCGUGGCCAAGAGACACUCAAUUAGAAAGGGAAGAAGUUGCAACAAAGCUCGGCGAUGAGGUUAUGGCACAUUUGAUGGAAGAUCUUAUGGUUGAAAUGUGUUCUUCCUAGCUAGGAGUCCUUUAAGAUGAAAUCAGAAGCAGAAUAUAGAUUUAAUUAGUGCUCCUUUCUAUCCUUUUUGUUCUUCCCAUUUGAAAUAUAUUGCGAGACAAAAAUAAUCAAAAUGGAAAGAACAAAAAGGAUCGAAGGGAGCAGAACUAGUACACUAAUAUUAACACUAUUGUAUGUGAAUAUUUGCAUAGAGGACUUCUUAUGGUACAUUAAUUUUAAAUAAGAUAAGAGGAGAUAAAAUAGAUCCAACUAUAAGUAGUUGAUAUCAUCCCAUGUACUCUGUAUUUUGGUUAUUCCUUUUUCUUUAUCUCGAGAAAAAGG